UUUACAUUGCAAAAUUCCUUGCAGUAACUUUCUAGGAUUUAAUACCUCCAAGUUAUAAAAGAAAGAUUUUCUCAUUUUCUCUGAAAUUUAAUGAAAUGUCCGGAUUUGACUUGAGAAAUCCAAAGCAGACUCCAGAAGAAUACGUGGACCAACUGAGAACAAUAUUGGAACAUGACUGUCUUGGGGCUAGAAAAAAAGAAUCUUGCCACCAACUGGGUGAAUUCUACCAAGCUGUAGAACGAAACAAUUCAAAAGCAAGAGAUAUUUUCAAGAAAAAUUGCGAAGAGCUAGAUUUUCCACAAAGUUGCUUCUCUCUAGGGAUUAUACACCUAACUAAUAAAGAUGAUAGAAAGCCACUUGAUGCUCUAAUGUUGUUUAACAAAGCAUGUGAAAGAAAUGUUUGGGGUGCCUGUAAUAAUGCUGGACUGCUUUAUCAAAAAGGAGAGAAACACUUUCAUGUACCAAGGGAUAUGGAAAAAGCUUUGCACUCCUUCAAUAAAGCAUGCGAUGGUAACUUUCGUAAUGGAUGUUUUAACCUAAGUGUGGUAUAUUUAACUGGAAAUCAUGGUAUAGAGAAGGACAUGGUUAAAGCAUUGGAAUAUUCUGUAAAAAGUUGCAAGUUGGGACAUUCAUGGGGUUGUAUAAAUGCAAGCCAGAUAUAUUCACAAGGAGAUGGAGUGGAAGUUGAUUUGGAGAAGGCAAAAUUGUUUAAAAAUCUUGCAAAGGAAUGUAAUGGAAAGGGGUGAAAUGGUAGGGUAGACAGCCAUGUAUUGCCUGUUCAGGCAAGUAUCAAAUGGAUCAGUUUUCUAAACCAACCUUCACUGUAAUGUUGUUAGCUUGCGUGCAGUCCUAAAUAAAUAGGGCAAAAGAAUUUUCUCACAUUGAGCCUCAUCUCAAGAAAGCUAAUGAUGACUUUCUGUUCCACUGCUAAUGAUUUAAUAAAUACAAAUACACAUGGACUUUUCUUCUUUUACCUAUAAUUAAUAACAGUGUAUACAGUACUUUGAGACACUGCUAAAACCAACAUAAUAAUAAAUUAA